UGCAGACAUCUGUAUUUGAUUUUUUAAUUUGUUCCAGAUUUUCGAUUACCUUGGCAUUGACCCAAAAUUUCUUAUCGGAUCUUUGAAUUUUUACUUUUUUCAUUUUUCAGGAAAAAAUUUGUUUUCGAAAUAAUAAUAAUUAUGGAAACUAAUCAUCAUCAAAAUUCUCCACCACAACAUAUAUUUGUUCAACCUGGACAGAUAUUCGAAGAUACUCCGGAUGAAAAUCGUUUUAUGAAAAAAGUUAAAUCAGGUCCAAUGCUUCCUCUUGCUACGGCUGGAUUUUUGGGCAUCGCUGGCUAUCGAAUUUACAAGGCACGUGAACGUGGUGGAAUGAAAUUAAGUUUCUUUCUUAUCCAUACACGUUUAGCAGCGCAAGGAUUUGCCGUUGCUGCACUUGGUUCUAUAGUUUUAUGGUCACUUGGUAAACGAUUCUAUAAUUGGUCUACUGGACAAUCUCAAUUAAUAACAGACAAUGAUUCAAGUUCCAAUUAAAAUAAAAAUGUUUCAAAAAAAAA